CAGGAUUGAUGAUGUCACUCAGCCUGACUCCUCCCCUUCUUCUGCUGGUUUUUCUCAUAUUUUCAGGAGUCGAACCGUGGGUUGUGAAUUACACAUCACACCACAUCUGUGCUCUAAAAGGUUCUACAGUGACUCUGGGAUGCAGAUAUUCCUAUCCAGAUGGUUCCACGGUUCAGAGCGCAUUCUGGACCAAAGAGCUGUUUACAGAUAAAAAAACACCUGAUCUGUCUUUAGACUCAAACUACAGUGGCAGGGUGCGGUACCUCAGAGACUCGUCUGACUGCAGUCUCACCCUGAGUGAUGUGAGAGAGCAGGACCAGGGCACAUACAACUUUCUAGGUCAAAAUGGAGUUCGACUGUCUGUCACGGAGCUUUAUGUGAAGAUGAUUUCUGGUAGUGUGGUUGAGGGAGAUAAUGUCACUGUCCAAUGUACAACCACCAUUUGCAGACUGACUGAGACCCCGACAGUAAUCUGGUACAAAAAUGGAAUUCCUUUAUCCUCUGUGUCAUCCUCUAACUCGCUACAUCUGCCAUCAGUGAGACAAAGUGAUGCAGGUCACUACAGUUGUGGUGUACAGGGACAAAGUUAUUUCUCCCCUGCAGUCAGUCUCGAUGUCCAACCGAGACAAAGUGGAGUUCUAUAUAUAGUUAUUGUUGGAGUUGUGGUCGGAUGCGGAUGCACAUUUGUGAGAAAGGGAAGAAGAGGUUCGGCUGAUGAUAGGUCCAGUCCGGUGAUUCAACCGAUUCAUAGUGAUGACACGUACACAGCCCUUAAUCUUCAGACCAGAUCCACCAAUGAUGUAUACCACACAAUUGCAAUUGUUCCUCAGAAUCAUCCUGAUGACCCCCUCACAGCUUUGGAUUCUCAGUCCAUCUCUCCUGAUUAUGAAGUUUUAAACCCUUCCGAGAUGGAGUCACGCAGUAAGAACACCAGUAAAGGCUCUGGAUUCUCAGUUCAUGCCCCAUGAUUAUGCAAUCAUUGGAUAAAGCAUUUAAUGCUACAGUGAUGUAAUGCGGAUAUUCUACUGUUAUGCUAACUCCAAAAAAAAAAAAAAACAUGUGCUACCUUGAGAUUUCAGGGUUUGUUGUACGAAUGGCACCACCCUUUAUCGUGAUUUUAUUCACUAACAGUGAGAUCAACAUCGAUACCAUGUCCAGAGAGAAAAAGAAAUUAAGAAAGAAUGAUGACUGGAGCUGGAAUACUUCAAACUGUGGAUAAAAGAAAACAUGAGAGCUUUACUUUUAUAA